CUUCUCAAACCCUAACCACGAUGCGUUCCUCCGAUGAUGACGGCGACCCGAAACUCCCUCACGACAUUGUCGUCGAGGUCCUGAAGCGGUUGCCGGUGAAAUCUCUCCUCCGAUGCAGGUGCGUUUGCCGGUCAUGGCGUUCCACCAUGGACGACCCUCGUUUCGUGGCCCUCCACUUGAGCCACUCCGCUCUCGAUGCCUCCAAUUGCUAUCUUGUGUGCCUAGAUUGGUGCCGUCACCUGUGCUCUCUGUUUUCCAACGAGUCUCUUACCCUGCCUUCCCGGUCCCAAAUCGAGGUUCCGUUUGUGACUCCUGCCGGCCGUUAUGAUUUCGUUGGUUCGUGUAAUGGUUUGAUCUGCAUCGCAGAACUUUCCAGAAAUGGCUUUAGUCAAGCGAUGUAUUUGUGGAAUUUGUUCACCGGAAAGCACAAGGCGGUUCCGCAAUCCGGUCUGGGCCAUCAGUUUUUCUCCAUGGAGACUGCUUAUGAAUCUCUAGGGUUCGGCUUCGACGCUGGGUCCAAUGACUAUAAGAUUGUGAAGAUUCUCUGUUUUGAAGAUGAUAAUGGCCAAUGCUUUGGUGGUCCAAAUCCUCGAGUCGAGAUUUAUUCACUCAGUACAGAUUCGUGGAGAAGUUUGGAGUGUGAGGUUCCUGUUUUCUACGACAAUGGAUCCGCGGUCUUCUUGAAUGGGAAUCUGCCCUGGAUUGCUUUCAAGUUCGAUGUUGUGUGGGAUGAGGGUAGAUAUGGAUCAAUGGUCUUGUUCGAUGUCGCUGGUGAGGUGUUUGAUGAAAUGGAUCUUCCGGAAGAGAUUCUUCACAUGGACAAUGGCGGUUUAAUAGCGUAUGUGGCAGUGGUAAAUGACUUGCUGGCUGUGUUUGUUAAUAUCAUUGAUGCAGUUAUGCAUCCUGAAUCACAUUCCAUUUGUUCGGUUUGGGUUACGAGGGAGUACGGCGUGCUUGAGUCUUGGACUAAGCUGAAUUCUUUCGAGGCUUGUGGACUAGUAACUGGAUUUGAUGGCUUCGCAAGGAAUGGCGAGCCUCUGAUGGAAAUAAAUGAAGAAGAACGAGUUUCUUGGGAUCCAAUCACCGGACAUUGCGCAAAUCUCCCGCUAUCGACGCAAUGCAAGUUGGUUACUGUCAUAGAGAGUCUCGUUUCACCUUAGAGGUGAUUUGGUACCGGCUACAUUUACCGGUAUGACAGAUUGAUUCUGCUUGUAGAAUAGUCGAAAGAGACAUCUGAAUUUAGAAGAAUUGGUCU